UUAUUAAUUCUUAUAUCAAAUAUCCUAUACAUUUUUUUAAUUUUUUCUAAAAUUCUUUUUUUUUAAUCGGCGAUAGCUCUUCUUGAAAAGCAUUUAUUUUUUUUUAUUCAAAACUUUCGCUUUCUUUCUCCCUUAUAACCUUAUAUUUAUCUUCAUUUAACUCUAUCUAUAUACUUUUCUCCUUUUAAAUUUUCCUUCGAUUAUAAUAAUCACUGUUCAAAAUUAUUAAUUCUUAUAUCAAAUAUCCUAUACAUUAUUUUAAUCGUUUCUAAAAUUCUUUUUUAUUAAUCGGCCAUAGCUCUUCUUGAAAAGCAUUUAUUUUAUUACAUUCAAAACUUUCGCUUUCUUUCUCACUUAUAACCUUAUAUUUUUCUAUAUUUAACUCUAUCUAUAUACUUUUCUUCUAUUAAAUUUUCCUUCGAUUAUAAUAAUCACUAUUCAAAACUUCAAAAUUAUUAAUUCUUAUAUCAAAUAUCCUAUUAAUUUUUUUAAUCUUUUCUAAAAUUCUUUUUUAUUAAUCGGUAAUAGCACUUCUUAAAAAGCAUUUAUUUUAUUACAUUCAAAACUUUCGCUUUCUUUCUCCCUUAUAACCUUAUAUUUAUCUAUAUUUAACUCUAUCUAUAUACUUUUCUCCUUUUAAAUUUUCCUUCGAUUAUAAUAAUCACUGUUCAAAAUUAUUAAUUCUUAUAUCAAAUAUCCUAUACAUUUUUUUAAUUUUUUCUAAAAUUCUUUUUUUUUAAUCGGCGAUAGCUCUUCUUGAAAAGCAUUUAUUUUUUUUUAUUCAAAACUUUCGCUUUCUUUCUCCCUUAUAACCUUAUAUUUAUCUUCAUUUAACUCUAUCUAUAUACUUUUCUCCUUUUAAAUUUUCCUUCGAUUAUAAUAAUCACUGUUCAAAAUUAUUAAUUCUUAUAUCAAAUAUCCUAUACAUUUUUUUAAUUUUUUCUAAAAUUCUUUUUUUUUAAUCGGCGAUAGCUCUUCUUGAAAAGCAUUUAUUUUUUUUUAUUCAAAACUUUCGCUUUCUUUCUCCCUUAUAACCUUAUAUUUAUCUUCAUUUAACUCUAUCUAUAUACUUUUCUCCUUUUAAAUUUUCCUUCGAUUAUAAUAAUCACUGUUCAAAAUUAUUAAUUCUUAUAUCAAAUAUCCUAUACAUUAUUUUAAUCGUUUCUAAAAUUCUUUUUUAUUAAUCGGCCAUAGCUCUUCUUGAAAAGCAUUUAUUUUAUUACAUUCAAAACUUUCGCUUUCUUUCUCACUUAUAACCUUAUAUUUUUCUAUAUUUAACUCUAUCUAUAUACUUUUCUUCUAUUAAAUUUUCCUUCGAUUAUAAUAAUCACUAUUCAAAACUUCAAAAUUAUUAAUUCUUAUAUCAAAUAUCCUAUUAAUUUUUUUAAUCUUUUCUAAAAUUCUUUUUUAUUAAUCGGUAAUAGCACUUCUUAAAAAGCAUUUAUUAUAUUUCAUACAGAACUUUCGCUUUCUUUCUCCCUUAUAAACCUUAUAUUUAUCUUCAUUUAACUCUAUCUAUAUACUUUUCUCCUUUUAAAUUUUCCUUCGAUUAUAAUAAUCACUAUUCAAAACUUCAAAAUUAUUAAUUCUUAUAUCAAAUAUCCUAUUAAUUUUUUUAAUUUUUUCUAAAAUUCUUUUUUAUUAAUCGGCCAUAGCUCUUCUUAAAAAGCAUUUAUUUUAUUUCAUUCAAAACUUUCGCUUUCUUUUUCCCUUAUAAACCUUAUAUUUAUCUAUAUUUAACUCUAUCUAUAUACUUUUCUCCUUUUAAAUUUUCCUUCGAUUAUAAUAAUCACUGUUCAAAAUUAUUAAUUCUUAUAUCAAAUAUCCUAUACAUUAUUUUAAUCGUUUCUAAAAUUCUUUUUUAUUAAUCGGCCAUAGCUCUUCUUGAAAAGCAUUUAUUUUAUUACAUUCAAAACUUUCGCUUUCUUUCUCACUUAUAACCUUAUAUUUUUCUAUAUUUAACUCUAUCUAUAUACUUUUCUUCUAUUAAAUUUUCCUUCGAUUAUAAUAAUCACUAUUCAAAACUUCAAAAUUAUUAAUUCUUAUAUCAAAUAUCCUAUUAAUUUUUUUAAUCUUUUCUAAAAUUCUUUUUUAUUAAUCGGUAAUAGCACUUCUUAAAAAGCAUUUAUUUUAUUACAUUCAAAACUUUCGCUUUCUUUCUCCCUUAUAACCUUAUAUUUAUCUAUAUUUAACUCUAUCUAUAUACUUUUCUCCUUUUAAAUUUUCCUUCGAUUAUAAUAAUCACUGUUCAAAAUUAUUAAUUCUUAUAUCAAAUAUCCUAUUAAUUUUUUUAAUUUUUUCUAAAAUUCUUUUUUAUUAAUCGGCCAUAGCUCUUCUUAAAAAGCAUUUAUUUUAUUUCAUUCAAAACUUUCGCUUUCUUUUUCCCUUAUAAACCUUAUAUUUAUCUAUAUUUAACUCUAUCUAUAUACUUUUCUCCUUUUAAAUUUUCCUUCGAUUAUAAUAAUCACUGUUCAAAAUUAUUAAUUCUUAUAUUAAAUAUCCUAUACAUUAUUUUAAUCGUUUCUAAAAUUCUUUUUUAUUAAUCGGCCAUAGCUCUUCUUGAAAAGCAUUUAUUUUAUUUCACUUUGAACUUUCGCUUUCUUUCAUUCUAUUAUAAUCGUCACUUAUUAAAAUGAAAAUGUCUCAUAUAAUCAAUCCAUAGUAUUGAUUUCUUUUCUCUAGCUAAAGUUUUUUCAUUUAUUUGUGACCGCGGCUGUUCUUAUCAAUCCCUUAUUUAUCUUCAUUUAUUACUUUUUCUAUUUUGGUCUUCUCCUUAUUGGUUUUUAUUCGAUUAUUGUCAAUUAUUGUCAAUGAUAAAAAUUAUUUUUCCUUUUCGAAUACCUCAUAAGUUUUUUUUCUCUGUAAAAUGUGACUACCCUCCAUAUUGAAUUUAUAUUAUAUAUGCACAUAAUUUUAUAUAAAAGCACCGACUUUUUCUUUAUUUAUUAGCACUUUCUUUUUUAAUGAUAAUUUAGCACAAACAAAUUGUAUACAUAUAAUAUGUUACAUUAUUUUGAUCGCACAAUAAAAAAAAUAUACACGAAAAAAAAAUUCAUUUUAUUUUUUACAUUUUGUGAGAUCUAUACCUUACCACGGUGAACGGAAAAUCAGCCAUCUACUUACCGACAGCUGUUGUUAACAGUUAAUACGCCACUGCAAUUUCAGUACACACUAUUUAAAUAAAAUAUAUAUGAAAUCGUGGUGAUGGUAAUGGUGUGUGUAAAAUAAUCCUUAUGUUAAUGAUAUUGUGUGGGUUAAAUGUGUGUUGGUGAUCGGGUGCAUAGAAUCGUUUGAUGAUAAUGUUCGUGUGUUCAGUAUCACGCGAUUUAGUCGUGCGUGAGUGCGUGCGACCAAAAUAUAUAAUAUGUAUAUACGACGACGUUAAUUAUAAUAUAUAAAUCAUUUAUUAAUUAUUAAUUUCAUCGUUCAAAGCGUACGGUGUCGGAACAUCUAUCGUUACUCACGUACACGAUUGUAUCAUAAAGGCCUAACACUUGGCCAUCGAUCACGGAAUGGACGUGCUGCUAGUAGGACGAAACCCGGACAAGCUGCGAGCCGUUGCCCGACUAAUAAGAAAAGAAUCAGCCGGACGGCGGCGGGUCAUUACGGUGGUGGCGGACUUUACGGAAGAUCCGGUGGCGCGGAACGAGACGGACGACGACGCGGGACAGCGGUACGGUAGCGGUGGCAGCAUCCUUCCGGAACUGCAGCAAGACGGUGGCCAGGACGACGACGUGUGCGACCGAUGUUUCUGCAAGAGCGACGGACAACGGCCGGCCCGUCUCCGGUGCCCUCUGUGGUAUCGGCGGCUGAGGGCCGUUGUCGAGGGCCGGUUACAACCGGCCGGCGGCGUGGGCGUGCUCGUAAACUGCGCAGGCGCGUGUUAUCCGCAUCCCGAGUUCUUCGCGGGUAUGACAGCCGACGAUGCCGUUGCAUUCGAAGACGACGACGGGCCUGUACUGCAGUUCACGGCAGACUAUUGCGGCAACGCUGACGCGGCCGUCCGGUGCAACGUGGCCGGGGCGGUGCACGUGAGCCGUAUAGUCCUGCCCGGCAUGUUGGCCCGCGGUCGGGGCCUGGUGAUCAACGUGGGCAGUGCAUCUGCGUCUGUACCGCCGGCCGCGCCACUGAUGACCUUAUACGCCGCCACAAAGAAAUUCCUGGAGAAACUGUCGUCCGACCUGGACGCCGAGUGCGCGUAUUUGACCAGAGGACGUGACGACGGAAACGAUGGACACGGCGUCCGGGUGCAGUGCGUCAGGCCCGCGUACGUGGCUACGGCCAUGUUGCGGUCCGCCAACCCGGACGUCCGCGUUGUAUCCGGUUGCGACGACGGACACGGUGACGAGGACGAGGACAACGAGGAGAAGUACGACGAAGACGACAACUACGGCGACGGAUGUUGGUGGACUUCCAGGAGGAAACGAUUGGAGGCUCGGUUUCAGCGUUGGCUGGUGCCGUCGGCCCGCCGAUGGGUACGGUCCGCGCUUCGACGAGGAGGACGAUUAUACGCCCGUGGCCCGGAUUCGGGGCCGGCCAACUACACUGGAUACUGGCCUCACACUCUGUUGGUGUGGUGCGCGGGGUUGGCCAGCGCCGUGACGCCUCGUCGGUGGUUCGUCGACCGAGUACUGAUCCCGGGAAUGCUCGUGUACCGCGCCAAGGGGCGAGCGGCCAUCGCGGCGGAGGAGAGGAGGAAAGCGUACAAACGAACCGCGGCGGCGGGGCGGCAGGACAAGACGAGGACGACGAAUUGACACGAAACAUACAUCGUCGUCGUCGUCGUACAAAACAUCGCGACGCUGCGGUGAGCGCGCAACAGUGCGGGGGACACGCGGCGGUCACAGGGGUGGCGAUCGGGGCAGCUGCAGCGCGGGUCUGCGGGUCACGGGCACACUGACGUGGCGGUCAAACGCAACCUCGGUGACAGGACGGGACGCGGGCGGUGGAGGAUAUAGAUCUCUAAAUAAUUAUUAUUACUAUUAUUAAAUAAUGCACACAUUCCGCACCAUAAUGUACAGCGAUCGAAAUCACAUCGCACUCGACGACAUAUUAUAAUAUUUUUCAAUUUACAAUUUCAUAUCUCAACUGUAAAACCCCUUCGAAAUAAUCAUAAUUAUACAAUACUACGUGUCGUGUUUAACAAACAUUAUAUUAUUUUAUCAGUCGCGUACAUUAGCACGCAAAAAAUAAACUUGUGGAUUCACCCUGCCCAUCACCAAGAAAUAAAAAUUGUCUAGCUUUCUAUAAUAUUAUAUUCUUACACAUACUGUUAUAUUAUAGAAUAGCAUAAUAUUAUAUUAUAUUAUUUUUAAUCACAAAUUUAAUAUUAUGCGCUUAUUGGUAUACCAUUUCGUUAUAAUAUUAUUGUUAUUUUAUUGCACUCAUACUUACACGCAUAUUAUAUUAUAUUACACAUAUCUAUCUAUUAAUCUAUCUAUUUAUUAUAUGUUAAAGUCGAUUUAUUCACUUUGAUUAUGUGCACAGUUUUGUUUGUUUUAAAUAUUGUAUUUAUAUCGUUUUAAUCUUAUUAUAAUAAUUAUACACGAAUAUUAUAUUUAUCAACAUAACAAUAAUUUUAUGUAUUUAUCUUC